AUGCCCAGUCUUGGCUGUCCAUCUCCUCCCGAGUCUCAUUCCGCUCGCCCAGCUGCCCAGACUCGGCUCAGCCUUGGCUCUACCCUCCAAGAGUUUAUCUUCGCGGUUUAUACGGAGGGGAACUUCUCGGCACCAUUCAAGGCACCCUGCAGCACUUCUCGUCCAGCGGGCUUGGCUGGAACGGUCAGAUCCGCGGCUUGCGUGGCCCAGCCUGGGCUCCCUCAGUCUGUCAUCGAGGGUCGCACCCCCUUUGCCCUCUGA